AUGGAAAAUGUACGUUUAAUUGAACAAGAAGAAGAACAAAAUGUUUUGAGUAGUGUCAUUAAUUCGGAGGCAGUGGAAACCAUAGACGAUCUUGAAGAAUAUAAUGAAGAAUAUAAGAACCUUCAUCCAACAGGAGUAUUAUUAUUACCAUUAGAAGAGGUGACAACAAUUGACCAGGAAAUGAAAGAAAAACAAAAUUUAUUUCAAUUGAAUUAUAAGAAAAUAACUGAAGAAGUUUCAACUGUAAAAGAAAAAGAAACUGGAAUGCAGAAAGAAUUCAUCUCAUCAAUCGAAGAUUUGAUUAAUUGGAUGAAUUCUCGAUUUAAUAAAAUUUUGAUUAAUCAUGAAUUAUUAAAACCAGAAUUAAAUUGGACUUCUAAUUUAUUACAGAAAAUACAAGGAAUUAGUAUUGAAAUUCAAAAGGUUGAAGUAAUGUUAGAAGGUGUUGAAGAAUCAAGGAAAAAAACUCACGAUGAAUCGACAACUUUUGCAACACGAAAUAAUAAUAGUGGUUUAUUAACAUCUUCACCUAAUUCAAGUACAGCAAAUUUCAACAAUAACAAUAACAACGGUAAUGAUACUUCUAGCACUAACCCUACCGCCACGUCAUUACACAACACUCCUGUAAUAACUAAUGUAGCAAGUAAAACUUCAUUGGCAUCUUCUGCAUCAUCAUCAUCUUCCAUGAUCGCUGAUGAAGGAAUAACUGUCACCAGUAUUGUAUUCUCUUCUUCCCUGUUAGAUGAAUGGUACACAAAAGUAGUUGCUGCCGAUGAAUUAUUAAAGCAUGAAGUAUAUGAGCAAGUUAAAGAACUAAUAAACUUCUAUCAACAUGAGAAAUUCAGAGCUCCAAUAGAUUUGGUUAAUCACGUAACAGAAAUAGUAAAUCAUGUCAUCCCUUUAUUAAGUGAUAAAAUCUAUUAUAUUCGCCAAACAUUGUCUCAAGAUAGACAUAUAGGAAGAUGGUUUGAUGGUUCAAAUGAAUCAGACAAAUGGAUAUCUGAUACUUUUAGACGAGUAAAACAAUUCGAAGUACCUGAUCUAAUAAAUAAAUAUGAUUGGACUGAUGAAAAACAAAAUAUUGAAAAUAUGAUCCAAGAUCGUCGCCGAAUAAUUUAUGGAAUAAAACAAGAUAUUUUACAAUUUGAAAAUGAACGUUUAAAAGAUUUGGAACGUAAAUCAAAUGACCUCCAUUCAAUAAUGCUAAAUCAUCAACCCUCCUCCAACUCUCCCGAUCCAGCCUCCCCUAUUGCUACCAGUGCCACUACCACCACCACCUCAUCAAAUUGA